AAACACACACACACACACACACGGACGGACACACAUAUACAAACACACACGCGCGCAGACACACAUACUCGCCCUCCACCCCCAUCGCUGCAGUGUCUCAACUGCCUUGGAGCAAACGAGAGAGGAUACAGACUUGUAAAAGGCACAUUAAAGAUAGAGACGGGCAUGUGCGUGUGCAUGAACGUGUGUGUGUGCGUCUGUGCAUAACUGGGAGUAUGCGGGAAAAAUGAAGACGUGCGACUGAAAGGGUGGAUUGCUCAGAGGCGUUCUCUGCGCGCAAGGGCUCAUCUGCAGUAUCCUUUGUGAAUGGAUGCUGGCUUGUGAACACGACCCUUGAGAAGUAUUUAUCUACAAGCCCAAGAAGCUAAAUCUCACUCUGGGGUGGAGGAUCGCAGCGGGCUGACGGGGAGAACGCAACAGGGGAGCCAUGUGGGAAUGGAGUGAGAGAAAUUUCCCGAUUGUACCCGUUGAGCCCAGACACUUCCUCUACUGACAUAAACUGAAGAAGGAGGCCUGCCUUCCUCCAGCGCUUUUCCUCAAGGAGUGCCCUUGCUAUGGUCCCCAUCUCCCUUGACAUUAGCAGGCAGUCCGACCUCGGUGCAAGGCGCUGUGUGGGCAUCCCGCAAGUCUGGGUUUUGCCCACACAGGACUCAAGAGACUGCCCCGGAGCGAAAAGAAUGAAACACUCCUGAGUCGCUCAUUUCUGUGGAGGCUUUCCUGGCUGUUGGCUGUUCUAACGCAGCAUCUGCCUCCCCCCGCCCCCACUCCCAAUAAUCCUCGCCCGUGCUCCAAACUUUCCAUCCCUUCUUCUUUGCAAUUAGUUCACCCGUCAAGCGGCAGCACGAGUUCCUUUGCUCUCACCACGUGGUGGAGGACCAUGGGAUGCCGUCAGAGCUCGGAGGAGAAGGAAGCGGCUCGGCGCUCGAGGCGAAUCGACCGCCACUUGCGAUCAGAGAGUCAGCGGCAGAGGCGGGAGAUUAAGUUAUUGCUGCUCGGCACCAGCAACUCUGGUAAGAGUACCAUCGUCAAACAGAUGAAGAUCAUUCACAGCGGCGGCUUUAACCUUGAGGCCUGCAAGGAGUAUAAGCCCCUUAUCCUGUACAACGCCAUCGACUCGCUCACACGCAUCAUCCGUGCCCUGACCACCCUUAAGAUUGACUUUCACAAUCCCGACCGCGCCUAUGACGCCGUGCAGGUCUUUGCCCUCACGGGGCCCGCCGAAAGCAAGGGCGAGAUCACUCCAGAGUUGCUGGGAGUCAUGAAACGCCUCUGGGCGGACUCUGGGGUCCAGGAGUGCUUUCAGCGAUCCAAUGAGUACCACUUAGAGGACAAUACUGCUUACUACCUAAACGACCUGGACCGCAUUUCCGCGCCCGAGUACAUCCCGACGGUGGAGGACAUUCUGCGAUCCCGCGACAUGACCACCGGCAUUGUAGAGAACAAGUUCACCUUCAAGGAGCUGACUUUCAAGAUGGUAGAUGUCGGUGGACAGAGAUCCGAGAGAAAGAAGUGGAUCCAUUGCUUUGAGGGCGUGACGGCAAUCAUUUUCUGCGUUGAACUGAGCGGCUAUGACCUCAAGCUCUACGAGGAUAACCAGACGAGCCGAAUGGCCGAGAGCUUGCGCCUCUUUGACUCCAUCUGCAACAACAACUGGUUCACCAACACCUCGCUCAUCCUCUUCCUCAACAAGAAGGAUCUGUUGGCUGAGAAGAUCAAACGCAUUCCUCUCACAGUGUGCUUCCCCGACUACAAGGGCCAGAACACCUACGAGGAAGCGGCCGUCUACGUCCAGCGGCAGUUCGAGGACCUCAACCGCAACAAGGAGACCAAGGAGAUUUACUCGCACUUCACCUGCGCUACCGACACCAGCAACAUCCAGUUUGUGUUCGACGCCGUCACGGACGUGAUCAUCCAGAACAAUCUCAAGUACAUUGGGCUGUGCUAGGACAAGACGUUUGGUGGGUGGGCGGGCUGGUUGGUUGGUUGGUUGAACAGGUGAGGUAUGCGUUUGUCGGAUGGGUUAAUCCGAGUGCAACAAUGACAGGAAAUAAAAAAGGUCAAUGAAAUGAGGUUAGGGAAGGAUGGUGAAGAUUCGAAUGCUUUAGUUGGUCAAAGAUGGGGAAUUGAUACCCGAUGUGUUUGCACUGAAUAUGAGUAUGCAGAGACACUUAAAACACACGCAAACACCUUUAUGUUUGCUCACGCAAGAUUAAAAUUCGAGCACUUGACGUCGCAACACUGGACAUGUUAGACGGUUUUCCGCACCCGCCUGCCAAACAGAAGACAAAGUACUUACUGGGUGGCUUUUCGUUCAUUUUGUCUCGAUUAUGUUGUUUGCCUGAUGACAUUUAAUGCUGCUUUACAGGAAACAUUAGGGGCAAAAAUCAAUGUUCACUUUGGGAUUAUUAUUAUUAUUAUUUUUCACUCUUAAUAAUGGUUAACAACGAGAGUGGCCGCGGGGUCGUAGGAGGAGCCCGUGUUGCAAAGGUGUGUCAAAAAAAAAACGGACACAGUUUCAAGUUGAACUAAAAAAAUAUUUUCUACGCACUAUUUCUGUUCUUCUCCACCUAACUCUAUAAAGGCUGUUGUGUUCCUCCUUUGCUUUUGCUUUUUUUUUGUGCAUUGAAAAAGAAAAAAAAAUGUAUGGCAGACCUGCCCUUUAGAGCAGGUCACUGAUUUACCGGGGAGUGUUCUGCUCGAUUGCGUCAAGUGUUCGCGAUGGUAAUUCUACUUUCCAGCAAAGACGACAAAAAACAGUGCCAAGAUCAGUUUGUAAAUAAAACAGCCAACAUCGAUGACAAUUAUUUUGGUUUUGUUUUUAUCAGAGGGAGGGAAAAAAAUACCUUCAAACAUGCAUGAUUUUGUUACUUUGGGAUACGACUCUAUUUUCCUUGGAAUUUUAUUUCUGUUUUCCUAGGUUCCAAAAAUAUAUUCCCCAAAAAAUAUAUUAAAGUCAAACACUGUGUAAGAUUGUAUAGUUGUCAAGAGGAAUCUAUUGAAGAGUUCUAUCGAUAUAACUGCAGUGAUGAGGGCGUUACGAUGACUUAAAAAAAAAAAAAAAACGUUGCAAAGUCAAGUUUCAUUCAUGAAAAGGCAAGGAUUUAAAAAGGACAUUGGAAAAUGUGAAAGAGACGACGCAAAGUUCAAUCUUCCUUGCAUUCUCCAAGUGGAAAUUGUCCAACGGUUGCUAUGAUGUGUAAAUAGACUGUACGGUACACUCUUUUGUCUAAACAAAUAAUAAUAGUGGUUGAGCUGAAAGAUGGCAAGAGACAAAGAGAGAAAGAGAGAGAAAGAGAAGGAGAAAGGGAAAUUCCAUUCCGUUCCUCCUCUCUUGCCCUUUCUUCCCGCUUGCGAUGUGCAAACAACUGAGCUAAGGGCUUCACGUUUGACUUUACAGGAUGUCCACUUCGAGAAAAAAAAAAAAAAGAAGAAAAAAAAAUACAAUUCAAACUAAAUGACAAAAGGACAACUGCGAAUAAAACUUAUGCAAAUUUU